GUAAUUUAAAGUUUACAUUUGCGGCAUGAGGGAAAAUGGCUGCUGGUAAAGAGCAGCAAGAGGCUCAUCGCCCUGGCGUUUACAAGCAGAAAAAUAAGCAGCACAAGCAUGGAAAGCAUCGAACGAAGGGAGAGAUCGGGCGUGAAAACAAGGGUAGAGUUGCUGUGGUGACACUCACCAAAAAACAACGGCGAGAGCUGAGUAAGAUUGACAGGCGACACAAAGCCAAUCAGCUUCGUCGCAACAAGAAGGACUCAGUGCUGUCGGAGAAGCGCCGCCUGGGCAGCAGAGAUGGGCCACCUCACCUGGUGGCUGUGAUUGGACUGCAUUCACAGGUGGACACCACUGCAGUGGCCAAGCUUUUGAAAGCAGAAGGAAUUGGAGGAGUGCUACAUGAACACCAAGGAGUCACUGUGGAACGGGACAGCUUUGGCCUUGUCCUGCCACGUUUUAAACAGAGAUUCACUUUCUACAGACCUGAUACAGCUGACCUACACUCGCUCUUAGACGUGGCCAAAGUGGCAGACAGUUUAGUGUUUGUGCUUGAGUCCACAGAGGGUUGGGACAGUUAUGGAGAUUACUGUCUUUCUUGUCUUUUUGCGCAAGGAUUACCAAGUCAUGCUUUGGUGUGUCCUGGAUUUGCUGACCUGGCAGUGAAGAAGCAGACUGGAUCUCGUCGUGCACUGUCACGCUUGGUAGAGGCUCGUUUCCCAGAUGCACGUCUCUUCCCCAUGGACACAGAUCAGGAUGCAGUGCUGCUGCUCCGCCACCUGGGGGCACAGAAACAGAGGCGACUGGCCUUUCGUUCAAGACGCUCACACAUGCUAGUUGAACGUGCCUCUUACAUUCCCAGCAAUAUGCAAGAAGGCACAAUAAUGCCACCUACAGGACUAGGCACUCUGCGGGUAUCAGGAUAUAUCCGAGGCAGCCCCCUCCAGGUGAACAGGCUCGUACAUAUUGCAGGCCAUGGGGACUUUCAGCUCAGUCAGAUAGAUGCACCCACAGACCCAAUGCCAAUUGUCACAGGUUCACAACGGCCUGUAAAACCAGCCAAAGGACAAGAUGUGGAGAUGAUGGACAGGGGUGCUGGAGAUGGGAAUGGAGCUGGAGAAGAGGUGCGUGUGUUAAUGAAGUCUGACCCCUCUCAAAGAGAGGGUCUGCAAACAGAAGCUGAGAUUGAUCCUAUGGAUGGAGAACAGACUUGGCCUACUGAAUCUGAGCUUCUGGAGGCUGAAGAAGCCAGGAAGAGCCGAAGAGUUAUGAAGGUGCCAAAGGGCACUUCUGACUAUCAGGCCACAUGGAUUGUGGAUGAUGAGGAAGAGAAUGAAGAUGAGGAGGAGGAGGAUGAUCUGGACAGCUGCGACGAUGAAGACGACGAUGAGAUGAUGGAAGAUGAUGCUGAAAAUGAGUCUCAGGUUAGUGAGGAUGUUCAUGACAUUGGAAGUGAUAAUGAGGAUGAAGAGGAGGAGGAAAUAAGCUCUGCAGGCCGCGUUGGAGCCGAGGAGAAGUACGACGAAGACAUUGAUAAGGCCGAGGAGGAAGACGGGCUAAGGCAAUAUCGUGAAGCUCGAUCACACGAAAUGUUUCCUGAUGAAGUAGACACACCAUUGGACGUUCCUGCUAGGACAAGAUUUCAGAGGUACAGAGGUCUGAAGAGUUUCCGCUCAUCUCCGUGGGACCCCAUGGAGAACCUGCCUCUCAACUACUCACGCAUCUUCCAGUUCCAGAACUUUGAGCGCACACGUCGCCGCGUCCUGGCCGAGGCAGCCUCUCAGGAGGAAGGGGCCAUGGUUGGCUGGUACGUGACGCUGCACAUUGAGGACGUGCCCGUCUCAGUGAUUGAGAACUUUCAGGCAGGCAAACCCCUGGUGCUGGUCUCCCUUCUCCCACAUGAACAAAAGAUGUCAGUGAUGCAUGUGCUGGUAAGACGGCAGCCCAGUUUCACCGAGCCAAUUGCAUCCAAAGAGGAGCUGGUGUUCCAGUGUGGCUUCAGACGCUUCCGAGCUUCUCCCAUCUUCUCUCAGCACACAAUUGGCGACAAGCAUAAGAUGGAGCGGUUUCUACGCGCUGAUGCUCCUACGGUUGUGUCCAUUUACGCUCCAAUCACCUUUCCAACUGCCGGAGUCUUGCUUUUCAAACAGAGGGCAAAUGGAAUGCAUGACCUGGUGGCCACGGGCAGCCUCCUGAGCUGUGACCCUCAGCGUGUGGUGCUGAAGAGGAUCGUGUUGAGCGGACACCCCUUCAAGAUUAACCCUCGUUCUGCUGUUGUCCGCUACAUGUUUUUCAACAGGGAUGAUAUUCUGUGGUUUAAGCCAGUAGAGUUGCGCACGAAGUGGGGCCGGAGAGGACACAUCAAGGAAGCAUUGGGUACACACGGUCACAUGAAAUGCGUGUUUGACAAUCAGCUGCGUUCUCAGGACACGGUGCUGAUGAGCCUGUAAAGAGUGUAUCCUCGCUGGACAUAUGACCCCUAUGUGCCUCAUCCUGUGCCCUGGGUGAAGAAUGAGGAGCCAGAAGAUCUCCAUGAUAUUGAUAUGGAGUAGAAAGUGAAGAGAUGAUUAUGGACUGGCAAAUGCAGUGGACAUGACUUUCAUACUAUUGGCUUCAUUUACAGUGUAGACAGUUCCAACAAAAUAAAUGAAUUAAUUAACCUUC